AUGAAGGACGCUUGCUCGCUUACAGUCUUGGAAUUGAAGGAAAAGUUGAAGACAUUAAAGCAAAACACGACGGGAACAAGGGCGGAAUCGAUACGUCGUUUGAUGGAUGCGGACCCGUCUGUUUCCUGGAUGGACGAUGUGGCGAGUGGGGCGGCGGUCAAUGGGAGCGUCGUCGACGAUGCUUGUGGACGCACUAGCGAUCGUCAGACGUGCAGGUCAGCAUUGACGGACCAGGAACAGAAUGCGGUGCUGCAGCGAGAAAUGGAAUUGUGCAGGCGAGAGAAGGAGUUGGCUGUGCGUGAGCUCGAGAUUACGCGACGAGAGCUGGAUUUGUUGCGGCGCGCAAGUGCAGCGGGCGGUGCGGCGGUGGAGCCAUCGGCGGAGGAUUCUGGUGGACAGAGGUGGGAAACUACGUUAGAUGCGGUGUCAAAAGUCAACAUCGUUCAGAUUGCGGAUCUGUUAGGGAUACCGGAUCCGUUCCUGCGGGACCAAGCGAGAAUCCAACGGUUUGAUUCAGCUGCGGAGAUUUUGAGAGCGUUUGAGGACGUCAGCCUCCAUGCAAGAAAUCAUCGAGGAAAUCCGAGCACUGGCGAGAUGGCGGUGGCGAGGUCUGGACAGUCGUCAGGAAGCAGAGCGAGAAACGACAGAGUUUGCUAUAGCUGCGUUGAUCUCGCGGAAGGAUUAAAAAGUUUGGAAAUUGUGUUGAAUGUGGCGAGCCAGUAUGGCUUACAAAUUAACUGGAAGAAAAGCUGUUUUCUUCAGUCGAGAGUAGAGUACCUAGGGCAUAUAGUAGAAAACGGAUCCGUCAGACCUUCUACUCAUAAAACCAAAGCGGUCGAGAAAUUUCCUAAGCCGGGCAAUGUUAAGCAGGUGCAAAGUUUUUUAGGGCUUACCGGGCCCUUGACUAAUUUAUUGCGAGCGAGCGUACCGUUCAUAUUCGGCGAGAAAGAAGUACGAGCUUUUGAGGCGUUAAAAAUGGCAUUAACUGAAAAACCAGUGCUACACUUAUAUAAUGUAAAAGCGGAAACCGAGCUGCACACGGACGCGUGUAUGUACGGGUUUGGCGCAAUCUUGUUACAGCGCGAUAGCGAAAACGGCUCGUGGCACCCUGUGUAUUAUGCGAGCAGCCGAACGACUUCUGCGGAGGAACAAUACACGAGUUAUGAGCUGGAAGUGCUUGCGGUUGUAAAAGCGCUUAAGAAAUUUAGAGAUUUUGACUACACGAUAGUGUAG